AUGGCCAUUGCAGAAUUUUUCGGCUGCUUAUUCCUGGCUUUCGGACCAUCUUUUGCCAUGUUUAACCUGACAAUAGCCCAUGAUGCCAAACGAUUCGUACUCAUGGUGGCUGGUUCCUUCUUCUGGUCGGUGUCUUUUCUGCUUUCCGCAAUUAUCUGGUUCGUGGUUGUUCCGCUACGAGACAAGCUUGUGUUUGCAUUAAUCAUUUCCGUUUUUAUUCAGCCCAGUAGGCACAUAUCUGAGUACGCCACCGGCCUGGGCUUUGGAAUCAUGAGCGGAGUGUUUUCCUCGAUCCAGAUUCUGCGCGCAUCGUUAGGACCAGCAACCUUUGGACUCAAAACCGGUUCCAGCUACUUGUUCGUGUUCAAUGCGGCCCAAUCUCUCUGCAUGAUAUUGCUGCAUACCUUCUGGAAUGUGAUAUUUUUUAGCGCAUUGGAUACGAAGAACUAUUUCCACGUUGCUUACGUGGUAGUAAGUCACCUGUUUGUAUCGUGUGUGACUCUGCUGAAUUCUCAGGGACUUGUUGCGGUCACCCUGACGGGGUCCUAUCUGGUGCUGCUUGUCACCACGGUUCUAGCUUUUCGAGCUGCUGGAGGAACUUUGCAUGGUUCUGGAAAUUCAUAA